AUGAUUUCCUACACUAGUGGAAGUACUGGUUUGCCCAAAGGAGUUUUGAUUAGGCACAAAGAACUUACACAUUCCACAAUUUCGCUUCAUGAAUCCACUGAAUUCAAGAUUGUCACUUCUAAUUCAGUACAUCUCUCAUAUCUCCCACUAGCACAUAUUAUGGAACAAGUAGCAAUGUCUUCUCAUAUUCUUAUGGGAGCUUGUUCGGGAUUUCUAACAGAAUCUAUUGAUGGUCUACUGGAUGAUGCUCAUAUUUUGAGACCAACUUCACUGGUUGUAGUUCCACGUGUACUUUCUCGUUUGUACACAAAAUAUCAAAGUGCAUUGGGUGAUUCUGUAAUGAAAAAGCAACUUUAUAAUUACAUUGUGAAGAAAAAAUUAGCUGAACAAAAACGUGGAAAAUUUCAUCAUCGAAGCAUUGUGGACACAAUGUUGUUUGGUAAACUUAGAAAGAAAUUUGGCGGACGUGUGUGUUGUGUAGUUAGCGGGAGUGCCCCAUUGUCACCAGAACUCUCAAAGUUUGUACAUGCGGCAUUCAACAUGGCUUUUGAAGGGUAUGGAACAACCGAAACAAUGGGAGGCAUCACUUUGUCACUGGUCGGAGAGUACCGUUUAGGUACUGUCGGUGGUGUUAUUUAUGGUAUGGAACUGAAACUUGUUGAUGUCCCAGAUUUGGAUUUGGUUGUAUUACGUGAUGGAAGGGGUGAAGUAUGUGCCAGAGGCGAUCAGUGCAGCAAAGGUUAUUACAAGGAUCCGGUAAAAACUGCCGAACUUAUUGAUAGUGAUGGUUGGAUUCAUACUGGGGAUAUUGGUGAAUGGACUGAAGAAGGUUCACUCAAAAUUGUGGACCGUGUAAAGAGUAUAUUCAAAUUAGCUCAAGGUGAAUAUAUUGCACCUGAAAAAAUAGAAAUGGCUUAUCAAUGUUGCAAAUUAAUCAGUCAAAUAUUUGUGGAUGGUAACAGUCAAAAAAAUUACCCAGUUGCGAUAGUAGUUCCAGAUUUUACUGAAUUGCGUUCCGCUCUAAGAAAUGGUAAGGUAUUACAGCAUCAUAAAAAACUUUUGGAUUCUGAACUUUGUCGAAAUGAAACUGUCAAUAAAUUUGUUUUGGAAAAAAUGAAUGUUGUAGCGACACAAAAACUGUUGAAGGGUUUUGAAAAGGUCCAGGCAAUUUACUUGACCGAUGAGGUGUUUACGGUAGACAAUGGCCUAUUGACUCCAACAAUGAAACUAUCACGUAAUAAAGCUCGAAAUUAUUUUUCAAAAACAAUAGCUAGUUUAUACACACAUCAUGAGCUUAAUUCUUCUUCAACUUAA